AUGGUUGUCGUGGAGCUUGACAACCUGAGGGGUCAGAAACUUGAAUGCACUUUGUGGGAGUCGUACGUAGAUGAGGUCCAGACUUUCUUAGCAAAGAAUCUGAGAAAGAUUGGAAUAGCUAAUACAAAGUAUACGACGAAAAUCCUUUUUGAUUUCAAUAUACCUGAGAUCGUAGAGUUCAAAAAAAUUCUUUCUGAAAUUACCAAUAUGCAUAGUGGUGGUAGCAGUUGUAGACACCCUCUUCGUGAUAUUUCUAAUGAUAGCAAAAAUGCUAGGAUGAGACGCAAAGGAAUCAUUGCUCAGAGGAAGAAUUCAAAGAAAUUUACAAGCACACUCAAUUCCAUUAGUAGAAUGGCUGAUUUAACAGAGAUUAAUGCUGAGGAUGCAAUCACCAUCCGUUCAACUGUUACUGUGUUAUCUAAAGAGAAAUUCAUGUCAGGGAAUGAUAACUGCCCAAGUAGUACUUCAACUUAUGUCUGUCAACAAAACACCAAUUCACCCGAUCAGCCUGUGUUAGACAUAUCUUCUGUCAACGAAGAUUAUUGGGACGUUGGGGAUCCCACUUUCAUCUGCACGCAUUGUGGAGCAAGUAUGUUGUAUGAAGAGAGACUUAAAAAAGACAGAAAGUCAUGCACGCCUGAGUUCGGUUUGUGCUGCGGCAAUGGAAAAGUUAAACUUCUUUCUUUAAAAAUGGCUCCGGAUACAUUGCUUCAACUACACAAUAAUGAAGAUAUAAGGAGCCGUCAUUUUUUACGAUAUAUUCAAACGUACAACAUGAUUUUUGCCUUCACCUCCUUCGGUGCAAAAGUUGAUAGAUCCGUAAAUGAAGGUUCUGGACCUUACUGUUUUCGAGUUAGAGGACAGGUUCAUCAUUUAAUGCGCAACCUUAUUCCGCCUGAUAACACGUCUCCAAAAUUUGCUCAACUUUAUAUCUACAAUACCGAGAAUGAAAUUGACAAUAGAUUGGAUUUUCUAAGUCCCACAAACAAUGAAGACAUCCUAGAUCCCGGUAUUGUGAGAUCUUUGAAGGAAAUGCUAGAUGAGCACAACAGAAUUGCGCAAUCUUUUCGGUAUGCUACAGACCGUUAUAAGGAAGAUGACUUCAAUGGGGUGAAGUUGAGGCUUAUUCGAAAGCGUGGUAGCGAUGGAAGAGUUUAUAAUCUUCCCUCUGCAUCUGAAGUUGCUUCUUUGAUUGUAGGAGAUAUAGACAACGUCAUGGGUGACAGAGAUAUCAUUGUGGAGACACAAACCGGACUUUUGCAGCGCAUUGAUGUCAAGCAUCCCCUAUAUCUUGGCUUACAAUAUCCUUUGUUAUUUCUUUAUGGAGAGGAUGGUUAUCGCGAUGAUGUCCAGCGUGCUUCCAUUUCCAGUGGUAGGACAAACCCAAGAUCAACGAUUAGCAUUUUCGUUUAG